CCACACAAACACGCCGCUCUCAGUUCGAAGUCUCUGGAUCUUCCGUUUUCGUCUCUUUGAGAACGCCGACGAUGGAAGUAAGGAGAGAGAGACAGACUGUGGGAGGAAGUGAGACACACACUCAGAGAGAAAGAGUACUUCCAGAUGUUAGAUGGAGAGAGAGAGUGAUAGAGUCGUGAGAGAGAGACAGAGAGAGGGCUCCGAGAGAUAGAGGAUGUCAUCGCCGAGUUGUCAUCGUGGUCUUCACCGGAACAAAAUACCCACGCCCGGCCCGUAACUUGAACAUCAAAUUCCUUCGAGUGUUGUCAAGCUCGGCAACGGGAGACCAUUUGCUUAAGGAAGACAUUUGAGACAUUUGAUGAUUUUUUUGGGAUGUUUGAGAAGUGAAUUUGUAAGGAAUGAAGUUUACAUCAUAAUGCUAGAUUCUCACCGAAUAGAGAAAGAAGAAAAGGGAAAAAGAAAUGGAGAGUUUGGCACUCCGCUCUCCAUGUGCAGCCGCCGGCGGAGCCGCCAUUUCCUUCUCCAGCCUCUCCUUCCCGCGUCUCCGUUCACGCUCCUCCGUGCAAUGCAUGACAUCCUUAACCCCCAUCUCUACAACCGCUGCCCUCCGCCGCCGCAUCACCUCCCCAAGGAUCGCCCUUCACAAUCCAAAACCUUUCCUCCACUUCAACCCACUCUCCCAACCCUUCUCGAAACCUCCGCCGCUUAUCGCCCGAGCUUCCGCCUCCGGCGGCAAGAUCUCCACUGUCCAAAUCCCUAAACCCCAAGGCGCAAAGAUCGUUCCUUUGGUGAUUUCCCUCUCAAUUGGACUUCUCCUCCGCUUCGCAGUCCCCAAACCUGCCGAUGUCUCCCCGCAGGCGUGGCAAUUGCUGGCCAUCUUCCUCUCCACCAUAGCCGGCCUCGUCCUCAGCCCUUUGCCAGUUGGAGCUUGGGCUUUCCUCGGACUCACAACCUCAAUUCUCACGAAAACCCUAUCUUUCUCCUCGGCUUUUGGAGCUUUUACUAAUGAGGUCAUCUGGCUCAUUGUCAUCUCCUUCUUCUUUGCCCGUGGAUUCGUGAAGACCGGGCUGGGUGACCGAGUUGCCACUUACUUUGUUAAGUGGUUGGGGAAGAGUACUCUCGGAUUGUCCUAUGGAUUGACUCUCAGUGAGGCAUUGAUUGCUCCGGCAAUGCCCAGCACCACCGCCAGGGCUGGUGGGGUUUUCUUGCCCAUUAUUAAAUCUCUUUCCCUGUCAUCAGGGAGCAAGCCAGGGGAUCCUUCUGCAAAGAAGCUGGGAUCUUAUCUGGUCCAAUCUCAAUUCCAGUCUUCUGCACACUCCAGUGCUCUUUUCUUGACUGCUGCUGCACAAAACUUACUAUGCCUCAAGUUAGCUGAGGGGCUUGGUGUGGUGGUAGCAAACCCAUGGAUUUCUUGGUUCAAGGCUGCCAGUUUGCCGGCUUUCGUUUCCCUAUUGGCUACUCCGUUUGUUCUGUACAAGUUAUGUCCUCCUGAAAUCAAAGAUACGCCCGAUGCCCCAGCACUUGCAGCCAAAAAGUUGGAUCUUAUGGGUCCCGUUACCAAAAAUGAAUGGGCGAUGAUCGGAACGAUGCUUCUUGCUGUCUCUUUGUGGGUUUUUGGGGAUGCCAUUGGAAUAUCGAGUGUCACCGCUGCAAUGCUAGGGCUAUCCAUCCUACUUCUAACAGGAGUCCUUGAUUGGGACGACUGCCUGAGCGAAAAGUCAGCAUGGGAUACCCUAUCAUGGUUUGCAGUCCUAGUCGGCAUGGCAGGCCAGCUGACAGACCUUGGCAUUGUCUCUUGGAUGUCCAACUCGGUGGCCAAGUCCCUCCAGUCUCUGGCCUUGAGCUGGCCCGCGGCAUUUGCCGUGCUCCAAGCCUCUUACUUCUGCAUCCACUACCUGUUUGCAAGCCAAACUGGCCAUGUUGGGGCAUUGUACUCUGCAUUUCUUGCCAUGAAUCUGGCCGCUGGUGUGCCCAGGGUUUUAGCAGCACUGGGUUUGGCUUAUAAUACUAACCUUUUCGGCGCUUUGACGCAUUAUAGCAGCGGCCAAGCUGCUGUUUACUUUGGAGCUGGGUAUGUGGAUCUUCCUGAUGUGUUCAAAGUUGGAUUCAUAAUGGCAAUCAUCAAUGCAAUCAUAUGGGGAGUUGUGGGCAUUUUCUGGUGGAAAUUCUUGGGCCUUUACUGAUCAUUUUUUCUUUUUUUUAAAUUUAUUUAGCCCCCCCCCCCCAAUUAGGGAAUACUAUAAUCCUUCAAAUGGUGGUUUAUCCACAUGCAUUCUCAUUCUUUAUUUCCAAUUCUUUUGAUUAUAAGUGUUAAGUGAAGAAGAUUUGAUGAGUUCAAAUCCUAUAUGGUGUGGAUUGCUUUCAAGUUGGCUGGUUUUUAUUUUUAUUUUGUUUCAUCAUUGGAGUACUAAACUUAGCUUGUCUUC